UUUCAGGCAAAUUGAUUUCUUCAAAGGCCUCAGCUUCAUUUCGCAAUAAUCGCUCGUUGCCAUGUUACCUGCCUACCCCACCACGAUGCGCGCGCUCUUCCUCGUGAAGAAAGUGACCACCUUCCAGCAAGAAGACCUGGCGUCUUGCUUUGAAGUCCGUGAGAUUGACGUUCCCACGCCCAAGUACGGCGAAGUUCUUGUCAAGGUUGAGUGCAGCCCCAUCAACCCAUCCAACCUGAGCAUGCUCCAAGGCAAGUACAACUCCGACAAUGACCUGCCCUUGCCGUCGUUGACUGGCACAGAGGGAAGCGGCGUUGUCGUUGCCUCCGGCGGUGGCAUUAUGGGAUGGUACAUGGUUGGCAAGCGUGUGGGGAUCGUCAAGUCGGACCAAGGUCUUUGGGCCGAAUACGUGACCGUGCCAGCUAUGACGUGCAUCAAGCUGCCCCACGAUGUGUCGUUCGAAGGCGGGUCCUCCUGCUUUGUAAACCCGUUGACGGUGGUCGCGUUUGUGGAACUGGCCCUUGCCCGGGGCACCAAAGCUAUUGUGCACACCGCGGGGGCGUCCGCGCUAGGUAAAAUGCUCGUCAAACAUGCGAAAGACAACGGGGUGGACGUCAUCGCGGUGGUGCGUCGACGGGAACAAGCGGAAUCGCUUCAAACCAUCGGAGCCAAGUACAUCGUCGACACGUCCGAGUCGGACUGGAAGGCGCAGCUGACAACGCUCACGGAAUCCUUGGGCGCGACCUUGGCGUUCGAUGCCGUGGCCGGCUCUCUCACGGGGGACGUCUUGACCUGCAUGCCCAACGGAUCCGAGGUCCAAGUGUAUGGGGGACUGUCGAACCAACCCGUGAGUGGAGUGAGCCCCUCCGAGAUGAUCUUCAAGGGCAAGAACGUGACUGGCUUUUGGCUGGUGCCAUAUCUCGCCAAGCGAGGCACGCUCGGCCGAAUCCUUAUGAUCCGCAAAGUCACUGGAGGACUCAACUCGGCGUUCAAGACCACCAUCAGCAAGGCGUAUCCGUUGGAAGACACGGUCAAGGCCCUCCACGAUUACACGGGCAACAUGAGCGACAACAAAGUCGCGUUCAAACCAUCUCAAACUGCCUAAUAAUUUAGAUUUUUGUUCA